GGGAGGGGGCACUGGAAAGGUCAGGUCCCACCCAGUAAACUCUGGGUUUGGUUAAUAUAUACACUUUCUUCCUUCGUCUUCAACCCAUUGAUUUUGUGGUCAAAGAACAACCAAUUUCAUUGUCCAAAUUCUGCACUUUGUUUUCUUCGUUGUGAAUGCGAAUUCGGGUCUUCUUUGGUUUCUGCAAUUUUCCCCAAGAUUCCUUCGAGGGCUCGAUUUUUCCUCCCUCCCAAACAUAAAUUUUGAAUCUUGUGCCUUUUCCCGUUCAUCUAGGUCAGGGUACAGAAUUGGGUUUUGAUUGGUUUCAGACGGCCAUGGCUGCUUGUUCAUCGCUGAGAACUGGGGGUGGAGUCGGUGUUCAUGUUUAUGGGGUUUUCCCGAGAACCAAACACGGGUUUUCUGGGUUUUGUCCAAUUUCUCAGGAAAACAAAUCAAAAUCGAAACUUUUUCCGGUUUUGAACCUCGAGUUGAAGGAAGUCUCCGUCGAUUCAACAGAUUUCACCAACCAAGCCCGAAACGUGUUCCCGUCCCCUGCGAAAACAUCAUCAACGGUCGGUCUGAGCAGAGGCAUGAGGUGGUGGGAAAGGACAUCAACACAAAACAUGUUAGAGAUCCGCUCCGCCCAGCAUCUUGUUGAUUCCUUGAUGAAUGCUGGAGAUCGAUUGGUUGUUGUUGAUUUCUACUCGCCUGGUUGUGGUGGCUGCAAAUCUCUUCACCCCAAGAUCUAUCAGUUGGCUGAAUCAAACCCGGGUGUGCUGUUUCUGAAAGUGAACCAAGAAGAGCUCCGAGCAAUGUGUCACGGCCUCAACGUUCAUGUGCUUCCAUUCUUUAGGUUCUACCGAGGAGUCGAUGGCAAACUCUGCAGCUUCAGCUGCACCAUAGCCACCAUCAACAAGUUCAAGAACGCGCUCGCCAAGCAUGGGAGCGAAAGAUGCAGCCUCGGGCCGGCAAAGGGUCUGGAGGAGAAGGAGAUCUUAGCCUUGGCAUCCGCAGGCGAGCUGCCGACGAGUCCGGAGCAGCUGCAGCCGUCCGAGAAGGAGAUAACAGUGCAAGAUUUCUCGGCUCAAUCUGGGAGUUUCUCUGGUUUAUUCAGGGAAGCAGAGGAGCAGCAGCAAAAGGUGACUCUUUAGGGUUCAUUCGUCCUGAGAAUUGGUAAAUGUAAUUAUUUGGGUUCUCCUUUGGUAUUGGGGGGGUGAUCUCUUUUUUGUUCCUUCCCCAUCAUUGCCUUGCCAGAUCUCCUAUUGAAUCCCCGCAUUGGAUGAUCAUGUAUCUGAAAUUAGAGUGAUGAUGUCAUUACUCACAUUCAAGAAUAUAUAGUAAUCAAGAUUGUUGCUUCAACUUUGUAUCAGAAAACAUUGGAUAAGGGAUAUUGAAAUGAAA